GCAGCAGGUGAGGGGCUGAGGGCGCGCUGGGAGGGUGGCGGCUCCUGGGACUGGCUCUGCAGGUUCGGUGGGACUGGAGCCCGCGUCCCCCGCGCGCGUACUCGAACUCGAGGAGGAGCGGGGCGGCCGGGAGUGGAGGGCUGUGGGUAGUUGUCUGAGGAGGGCUGCUGGGGGUUCUGAGGCCGCUGAGGGAGGCGUGACCCGUGCGGCGCAGAGCAAGUACUUCUUGCGGCUGUGGGGACGCCCAUUGUUAACCAGCGCGAGUGGGGGUCUCUCUUUCUUCAACCCUUAUUGCCGGGGUGGAGUUGAGGAGGAGCGGCCUGCGGGCCUCUUAGCUUCCUGACACCCAGGGGUGCGAUGCUAUCUUGUAGGAAUCGGCGAUACCGCCAGAGCCUCGCUUUCAAAUUGCUGUUUCCAAACUAAUGUUGUUGGUGAUUCUCUCCUUUGUGCUCUUAGAGUUAAUUGUAGUCCACAUAUUGGCAACCAGAGACUCGUAAGAUUAAUAAUAUUUUUAGAAAAAACUACUGUUUAUAGUCACUUAGAUUGUCUUAAGUGUUUUUUUCUUUCGGUUCACACAAAAUUUGUUGAGGGAUUACUAUGACUCAGACACGGUUGUAGGCCCAGGGAUAGGGUUGUGACCAGUACAGACAGGUUUCUUGCCCCGUAUUUUCGGGUUAGGGAAGUGGGUUCUAGGAGAUGGGGGUUGGGUGGGGAGACACGAUAAAUUGUAUAACCAAAGAUAUUUUCAGAUAAUUGCAAAGGCAGGGUGAUGAAAUAACAAGUGUCUGAGGAUAGGACAACUAAGAUUUAUGGUCAGGAAAGACUGCUUAUGAGGAGAUGCCUUGAGUGGAGAAAAUCUAAUAAUGGUUAAAUUCAGCUGUAUUACAGGAAAGGUGCCCCGAUCCAGACCCGAAAAGAGGGUCCUUGGCCGGGCGUGGUGACUCAGGCCUGUAAUCCCAGCACUUUGGGAGGACGAGGUGGGUGGAUCAUGAGGUCAAGAGAUCGAGACCAUCCUGGCCAACUUGGUGAAACCCUGUCUCUACUAAAAAUACAAAAAUUAGUUGGGCGUGAUGGUGCACGCCUGUAGUCCCAGCUACUCGGGAGGCUGAGGCAGGAGAAUCGCUUGAACUGGGGAGGCCGAGGUUGCAGUGAGCCGCGGGCCACUGCACUCCAUCCGGCCUGGCUACAGAGAGAGACUCCGUCUCAAACAAAAAACAAAAAAAGUCUUGGAUCAGGCAAGAAGGAAUUCAGGGAUAGUAAUGAUGACACUGAAGAUGUUUCACUGUUUGAUGCGGAAGAGGAGACGACUAAUAGACCAAGAAAAGCCAAAAUCAGACAUCCAGUAGCAUCGUUUUUCCACUUAUUCUUUCGAGUCAGUGCAAUCAUCGUCUAUCUUCUCUGUGAGUUGCUCAGCAGCAGCUUUAUUACCUGUAUGGUGACAAUUAUCUUGUUGUUGUCGUGUGACUUUUGGGCAGUGAAGAAUGUCACAGGUAGACUAAUGGUUGGCCUACGUUGGUGGAAUCACAUUGAUGAAGAUGGAAAGAGCCAUUGGGUGUUUGAAUCUAGAAAGGAGUCCUCUCAAGAGAAUAAAACUGUGUCAGAGGCUGAAUCAAGAAUCUUUUGGUUGGGACUUAUUGCCUGUCCAGUACUAUGGGUGAUAUUUGCCUUUAGUGCACUCUUCUCCUUCAGAGUAAAGUGGUUGGCGGUGGUUAUUAUGGGUGUGGUGCUACAAGGUGCCAACCUGUAUGGUUACAUCAGGUGUAAGGUGGGCAGCAGAAAGAAUUUAACCAGCAUGGCUACUUCAUAUUUUGGAAAGCAGUUUUUAAGACAAAACACUGGAGAUGAUCAGACUUCCUGAAUAGAGAAAGCUUAUGUGCUUUGUUACAUUGGGGAACAACUGAAGAGAUUCUUGACUCAACCUUUUAGAGCUUAGUCCAUGUUGCAACGAGGAGUGUUGGCUUUGUUUUUCCACUUAAAAACUUUAUUUAUAAAAAGGAAAAGUAGUUUUCAUAUUUUUAUUUCCUUUCCAGCAGUUGGGGCUAGAAAGUAUAUGUUGGCACUAGAAACAUUGUCAAGAUUUGUUCUGUGGUGUAGGUAUGCACAUUCCAUAGGUAUGCAUAUUACAUGCAUAGGCCAUGUAAUAUCAGUAUAUCCCAAGUUAAUGAAAGUGUUCAUUUACAUAGGUAAUGGAGACCUUUGCAUUUUGAUCCAUAGAACAUAGGAGGAUGUUCUUAGUCUGUCUCAAAGCUCUAUAUGUUUACAUAUUAUUUCUGUAGAUUGUUUUCAGGAGAAAGUUUUGCUUCUAUGGUAAGAGUGAGCACUUUGGCUUAUGUAUAAGUUAGAAAUAAUUGUUAGUUUUUAAUAUGUACUUCGUGGGGAAAUUUCUUAGACGUAUGCAAGCAAGUGAAAACAAUUAGGGCCAGUGGUAUUAACUACUUUAUAAAAUUUUAUUUUUGUUUGUAAGAAGUCAUCUACUUAAGGCCCAGUUAAUAUAAGUGGAAUCAUCAUAGUUUAAGGAAUACCCAGAGAUUGCUGCUGUUCUAUUUAUUUUACAGAAAGGAUAGCUAGAUUGAAAGCUCUUCAGUGGACCUUGAGCUAAUAGAUCUUUUACCACUAAAAGAGCAUUAUUCUCAUGUCAUAAUGAGAAUAAUAAUUUACAUACUUGGCAUAAUAAAUGCCUAAAAGACAUUUUAUUUUCUGAAUCUAUUUUUUUCUUGCUAUAAUGGGGAUAUUGUAAAUUAUGCAUUUGUAUUAAUGGUAUUUCUUAAAGCAAUCUAUGUAACUGUAAAUUAAACCAAUCUACAAACUAUUGUAGGCAUCUGUAAAUUCUGUUGUAGGUAUUAUAAACUUUGUUGAAGUCUUAAUCAGCAGAUUAUGUUGUGAAUAUAUUUGUACAUUGUUAAAAUAGUUUUUAAGAUUAUUUGUUUAAUUGAAUAAGUGUCUUAUUGGAGUGAUAGCUUUGAAGGUGCAAAACUUUAUAUUUGUAUAAAAUUCUACUAUUUACAAGGCA